CUUCUGCGGAGCCUGGCCUCUCCUUUUUGGCUUACCCCUGGGGGUUAGGAGCAGGGUGGGCAUCUACCCGGCUUUGAGGACUGGGCGGGGGUCCCAGGGUGUCGGGGUCCCAGGGUGUCUGGGUCCGGCCUGCGGCGGCGCAGCCCACUACCCUCAUCGCAGCUGGUGCAGCGCUCCCUUUCCCAUCAUCUGCACCCCGGGGUGGGGGCGUCCUGGAUCCCUGGAAGACUCCUCCCAGCUGGGCGGCGGAGGCAUGGAGGCGCGCUUUACGCGCGGCAAGUCGGCGCUGCUGGAGCGCGCGCUGGCGAGGCCCCGCACCGAGGUGAGCCUGAGCGCCUUCGCGCUGCUCUUCUCCGAGCUGGUGCAGCACUGUCAGAGCCGCGUCUUUUCCGUGGCCGAGCUGCAGGCGCGCUUGGCCGCGCUGGGCCGCCAGGUGGGCGCACGCGUGCUGGAUGCGCUGGUGGCGCGGGAGAAGGGCGCUCGGCGCGAGACCAAGGUGCUGGGAGCUUUGCUGUUUGUCAAGGGUGCCGUGUGGAAGGCGCUCUUUGGCAAGGAGGCGGACAAGCUGGAGCAGGCCAACGAUGACGCGCGCACCUUCUACAUUAUCGAGCGGGAGCCGCUUAUCAACACCUACAUCUCCGUGCCCAAGGAGAACAGCACGCUCAACUGUGCCAGCUUCACGGCAGGCAUUGUAGAGGCUGUGCUCACGCACAGUGGCUUUCCCGCCAAGGUCACGGCGCACUGGCACAAGGGGACUACGCUCAUGAUCAAAUUCGAGGAGGCUGUCAUAGCCAGAGAUCGGGCCCUUGAGGGCCGCUGAGCCCCCUGAAAGAUAAAGGAUGAGAGAGCCAGCUUCCCAAGUG